CUCAACACAAAGUCUCAGCACAAUACAGCAUUGGUUCAGCAGUGGAGACGAGAAAUAAAAGAAGAAAAAUGGCAAGCAAGUUACGAGGGAAACCGUGCAAGCGAUGUGGAGACAUUGGUUGUCAUUGCAAGGAUUUUCGAGGCGCAGGUUGUGGAGAUGAAGCCUGUCCCAAGAAUUCUCGAGGUAGCUAUGAUUUAAAAGAUUCUCCAAGUCUCAAAGUGGUGAAACGACUAUGCAACCGUGGUCUUGUCAGUUUGCAGUUUUUGAAGAGUUUCAAGGAAAAGAUGGGUGCCAUAAAGGCUGUUAUCAACAGCAAGUCUGUACAUGCGGUUGAUGACGAAGAGUAUUGGUUAAGUAAGUAAAUAAGCUGCAAUAAUGUAAUCUUCAUUCUUAUCGUUUUAAAGGCUUACUAACGUACAAAGUUAUUUUUGGCGCACACUGCAAUUUAUCGCGUGAUUUCAGAAUCAAUAAACGGCAUUAUUAAUCAGGGAGUUCUUAUCACCAAAGUAUUUUUCAAUGAAGCCCAGUGCCUAUACUGUUCUGCUAUGGGCUUAUACUGUUCUGCUAAGGGCUAUCUGACUCUUUAGUUGUUGUUUUUUUAAAUGAUCAUCGGAGCUUGCAUAUAUUGUACGUUCUACCAGUGAUAGUUCGCGUUGUUCUUUUUAAUUUGUAAUUAUUGUAGUUUGUCAAUUAUAGAUAAUCGCGACAGUUGUUCCAAACCAAGCUGCAAAUAAUACAAAAACCAACAUAUUAUUUAUUAAUUAAUAAUAUUGAUUUGGGAACAAACUAUCCCUUUCGGCGCAUCAUUUUUAUCCCUUUUGAAAUUUUUGUUACAAUAUUUUGGACUUGAUCGUUCCACGAGAGACGUUCAUCAUGAUCAAUAGUAAAUAAUACCAAACUCCAAAGUUUUCAGUUUGUGAACCAAUUUGGUUACAACUGACUCACCAAUUAAGUUCAAUUUUUGGAUCAGUUUUCUAAUAUUUGAUCAGUGCACUGUCGUAAGCCAAUCGGACUUUUGCUUGUUAAUUCAGUAUAAGUUUGGUUAUUGGAAGUAGCCAUUCAUCAGUGCACAUAUUUGCUAGUUUGCUGGAGACGAAUACAGACAUUUUGGUAAGUCGUAAGGUCGUAUCAUGUAGAAAGAACAGCUGUGGACCCAGGAUUGCACCUUGAGGUACACCAUACUUAAAAUUUGGAUUUGUUUGAUCUGUUUUACAGAGUUGCAUGAAUCCUAUUGGUAAGAUAGGAUUCAAGCCAGGCAAAUGUAUGUUUUCUUAUUCCAUAAUAAUACACAUUUUCUUAUACUCAACAUAAAAUUGUUAAUUAUCAAGGACACUCAUAUUAUUGCUCAUAUUAUUUUUGAAACCAUAUUUCGCUAUUAUGGUUUCAUGCUAUUCACUCCAAUCUCUAAUUAUAUUGUUUGUUAAAAUCUCUCUGUAUACGUACCAAAAAACAAAUGACCCAAGAUGAACAUUUAACAAUGUAUUUAUAUGAGUUAAUUAAAAUCGAAAAUAAAAACAGCAUAAUAUGUUUCGUGCACAUAUUUUGCCCGGUCACAGAUAGCUGCACAGCAGACAAACAACAAUUACGUCAUGACACUUCAUUCGCCAUUAACGACUUAUAUUAACCACUUCAUAUGUUACACAAAAUAGAUAAUAACCACUGACAUCUGGAAUUAAUUAUAUCAUAUUAAAGAUUUUAGUAUGUACGCCAAAGAAUGAAAUUUAAGCCUAAUAAUGGGUUGAAUUUUAAUUUUUUUAUUAAAAGAGAAGAAGGUUUUAGGUUUUAAAGAUUUUAAUCAAAACACCACUAGUUGAUUCCAGAUCCUCCUGUUAAAUACGCACACUAAUUGACGCGCUACCACAUCCGCGACAAUGAAAUCACACAAAAACGUUAACGACAAUAUGAGUCAGAUAAGUGUCAUGAUCAUGAAAGGCUUUUUUAAUAUCUGGACUGAAUUAUAAUUACGUACAAUUGCAAGCAUAAGCCACGAAAAAGGCCAAGUUAUAUUUUCUUACCAUAUAAAGACGAUAUGGUAUCAAUAUUUUAUCUCUACAUUUUCUAAUACAGUACCGGCUGUCUACAAUAAGUGUGCAAAUAUGAUUCAAGUAAUGUAGUUGCGCGAACAUUGAUAGUGGAAAAAUUGUCAAUUAAGCUUUAUUAAAUAUAUUUUGAAUCCUAAUUGACUCCAUUGACAGAAUAACUUAAUCAUCUUCUUUGAUUCCUUGAAGGUGUCACGAGCCGCCGCGAGCGCCCUUAUAGAUGUUGUUCUACUAACUGCCCUGCAGUAUUAUAUGACCUGAUAUAGCCAUGCAAUCUGCCAUAGUAUAAUGUUGUGCUGUCGCAGAGGCUGUGCAAAUCUUUCAUGGUCAGUAAUUCAAAUUAUAAAACUAACGACUAGCUAACCUUAGUGUACAUGUACAAAACCUAAGAUUUUGUUUUCAAUCGCAGAAAUCCGUAACUUGUUUGCUUACGACGACGAAGACGCGCGCGAUGCCAUACCAAUGAAUACUGCAAACUUUGCCCCAACUUUCCACUACGUGCAGUUGUUAAUGAAUGAAUAUAAUCUGGAGUUGAACAAGAAUAUCUCCAUCCAGAAUCGUCUUGAUGAUCUCGGUGAGGUUAUCGAUACCGCGCGUGCACUGAUUGCAACACAACUUGGCGUUCCCUCGCAGGAAAUCGCUCUCAUGCGAAACGGAACUGAAGCCAAUAACAACGUCAACAACGGUCAGAUACUCCAGCCAACUGACGAGGUAUGAAUUGGUACUCUCGGGUCCACAAAACAUACUCUUUGCCAAUAAUGCUAGUCAAUAAGUGUUAAUUAUACCCAUGAGAUGGGGGGGGCGGCGCCUAUAGAAAAUUACCCGAUUUUUAAGUGAAAUAUGACUACAAACUGACUGGAGGCUGCAGAGCCCGAGCCCCCCUGUCUCUCGUACUCCAAUGCAAUAAGUACCAAUGUAUGUUAUCGCCAGGUGUUAUUUUGUAUUUUACUGAUACUCUGUUCCCAGGUCGUCAUUUGGGAACAAAACCAUGGGACGAACAACCAAGCCUGGUUUAUACGUCAAGCCCAACGACCGUUUGUGAUUAAGACCGUGCCAUCCGAGUUCAAUGGCGCGAGCACCGACGAUGAAAUUGUGGCUGAAUUCAUGAAGCUGGUCAACGCGAACACGAAGUUCGUCACAUUUUCACAUUUAUCAAACGUUGGUGGUCGCUUGUUGCCGGGAGAGAAAAUUUGCAAGGCUGUCCAUGCUACAUAUCCAAAUUGUCACGUGCAUAUUGAUGGCGCAAUGACAUGGGGAUGCAUGAAUUUGAAUUUGGUUCAGAUGGAUUGCGAUAGGUAAGCAGGCACGGCGGGCUUUGAUGGUAAGAACCUUGUAAUUAGACCUUCAUAAACAAACCUUGUUAUUAGCAAAACCGCGGAUGCUACCACUCGACCUCGAAAAUACGUGUCAAAACAUUCAGAAAUCGGCGACUGCCACGUUCCCACGCCUAUUCUGCUAAAAUGUCAAACAAAGCGCAAUUUCUCGCCGACCAUUAACCAAUGGGAUAUCGCCAUUUCCAAAAUGUCGAUUUGACGAGAUUGACAAUGUAGUAUAGCAUUCCUGAAUGUUUUGACGCGAAAACAUUACAUUUGUGGGGGGGGCAAGAUGAAGAAUCCGCGGUUUUGGUAAUGCUUUAAUAGUUCAUAGGCAAUUAAAGUUUCAUAGAGCUAUUCUUUCGCCGCUGGCUUGCAAAUGAGUCGUAAAGCCUAGACGAUCUUCUACGAUCUUGGCCAGCGUAUAUAAGCUUUAAAGGGCGUUUUCCAUUUCGGUAGUUUUGCCUGCGCUGGACGAGCGACUAUAGACAAGUCGCUUCGGGCGUGCACCCUAAGUCGUGCGCCCUUCCCGCGCGGGUAAAGCAACCGUAUAAUGGCAAACUGCAUUAAAACACUACGCACGAAUGGCUUGAGAAAAACUUAAUUGAGAAAAACGUGUCAUUAAUUAAUAUGUUUCAGGUAAAUAAUAGUAUAAAAUUCUCGUACUGUAGUACAGUAUGUAGGAAACGGCUGAUUUUAAAUAAAAAAAAAAUUGAGAGCUUUUAUCAGGCACAAAAUCACUGCAUGUUACAUUAUGCAUGAGGUGUCCUAAGGUGAGCUCAAUGAGAACGGAAAUCUCAUGUACUGUAGAACAAAAGAGUACAAGCUCACUUGAGUAUCAUUGAUUAACCCAACAUGUCCACUAUUAAUUAAUAGCAAACCGGCGGAUUGAUUGGGAUAUAUACAAGUAGCUGAGAAAUACAAUCUGCAUUCCCUAUCAAUCAGCAUUUUUUAUUAUUGUCACUAUCUGACCUACACUGGCACAGACCGUCCGGGAUAAAUAUGACAAAUGUCUUUGGUUGAAUAUUUUACACUAGAUUGGGCCCUUGUUAUUCUUGCAUGGUUGCUACAGUCCCACAAUCUGUUUUGGUUUGUGUGCAAAGAAAGCGAUUAAUUUAUACUUCACGAACUCAUUACCGAUAACCAGGCCGAUAACUAACCCGUCCAAACUCAUUAAUUAAGUCUACUUGAUUCGCAUAAAUACUAGACAUAUAAUUAUUUAUAAUUAGCAAAACAUGACAACUACACACGUAAAAACAUCACAAUUUGUCAACAAGAUGUGUUUGCAACUGCAGGCUUGUAGCAGGAUUGUCAACAAGAUGUGAAAAUGAUGAUAUUUUAUCAAGUUGCUACAAGGUUGUAACUCAGAACUCGUUGACCAAAUGUUGAAUUAUACAAGCCUUUGACAACCUGUCAACAAGCUGGGAACAAGCAGUGCGAACACAUCCCGUUGACAAGUUGAUGUGAUGGAACAGCUAGCAUUGCUACAAGUCUGCUGCAGGUUUGUUACAACUUGUGCGUUUUUACGAGUGUGUACAUUCUCGUAACCAGAGCCCUUCUUACGCGCGGUGCGACGAGAGGCUCUUGCCAAAUCCAUAUCCGAACUGGCAUCUGAUUGGCUAGUUCUAACACGGGAUGUUGUUUUCUUACCAUGUUUUUAUGGUAUCCGGUUAUGGAUUUGGCCAGAGCCCCUCGUCGUGCUCCGUUGACCGCGCGUAAGAAGGGCUCUGGGUACGAGUGUGUAUAGUGAGUGCUAACGUUGACGCGUGCCAGCACUGUAGUUGCUAGUGUUAACUGUCGAAUUGUCACACACUUUGAUCAGAAGAUAAUUUAGUUGCAUGAUCAACGACUACUUUGAUCAAUGAAACGUUCAACCUCGCACCCAGGGCUAACCGCGAGAUGAAGGCAGCCCUGGGUACGAGAUUGUGAAACGCCUGUUGUGUAAAUUAUCAAUAAAUCUUUGGAGGGAUUACGCUGUCACACAUCAUGACCAAAGCAUAUUUCAAUCUUACAAAUUCCGAUAGCGUAAACAAGCUUUAUAAAGUCAAAAGAUAAAAAAUGUCACACACUUUGAUCAAGUGAUACCAAAGCAUCGAUGUUAUAUUGUAAACAAGCCUUUGUCUUUUUAGUUAUUCAGCAUCAGCUCACAAAUGGUUCUUGGGUCCCAAAGAAACUGGAAUCUUUUACAUGAAGACGUCUCGUAUCCCAAAUUUCGUCCCCAAUACCUUUGGAUACGACCUAAAAAUCAUCUUGCCGCCUGCCCUUUACGACGAUGCCCGCAGGUUUGAAACCCUUGGCCAGCGUGCAGACCCCAGCUUAAUGUGUUUGCUGAACACUGCAGAAAUCAUGGGCGGGAUCGGUUUCCAGGCCAUUGAAGACCGAGUGCGCUAUAUGGGUACCCUGUUGUACAAUGGUUUACAAGCCUUUCCAGAUUUCCCCAUGACAACACCGGCAAACGAGUCACAGAGAAUUGGCGUAAUGAUUGCGAGUGUAAACGAAGACGUAAGUUCACUAAUGUAGAAAAUUGGUUUAUAUGGAGCUAUUGAAUCGUGUGAAUCAUUUUUGUUGUUAAAAAUUUCUGAGAAAAUAUUAUUGAUAUUGAAUCUAUCCAUUUCUGAGAAAAUGGUAUGCUAAAAUAAGGUGUUAAAAUAAAUAAGCUGUCAUGUAAGAAGAAUGUCUUCUGUUUUUAUUAACCUGAAAGCUAUAAUAGCUUCCCAAACUUUUUCUACGAUGUUUAGAAAGGUUAGACAAAAGGUAAAAAAAAAACACAAAAAAACCCAAUGGCAUGGCAUCAUGGCAUGGCAUGGCAGGGAAGAGCAGCGCAGGGCAGGGCAGGGCAGGGCAGAGCAGAGUAGGCAGAGCAGAGCAGAACAGAACAAAGUGGAACAAAAAGCAGCAAAUUUUAUGUAUAUACUUCCUGUUUUAUAGUGGGGUAAACUGCUGGUUGAAUAUUUGUACGAACAUCAUAGGAUUGCAGUGUGGAGUACCGGUGGUUUCCGAGGCUCGCCAACUAUUGCCACUACAACAAUGCAUGUGCAAACCUUGCUGGAUGCCAUUGCAGAGUAUAGAGAAAGCAAUCCACAACCGUGAAUAAUAGACUGAAGCAAACGAGAUUUGAUUUGAUUUGUAAUUGCAGUCGGUAUUUCAAUUUUGUAAUACGCCAUUAUAUAAUAGUUCAAAAAUAAAAU